UAACGUAGAUGGCGUUAACAUACAUUCAGAAAUCUCUUUCUCUCGCGAUGGCCUCCCUCAUUCUCAGACGUCCCUUGAAUAUUUUUGUGAACUACAAUGCUCGUAAUAACAUCAAACAAAACAUUCAGAUGACAUUACGUCGUCAUGCAGCUACUGACACCAAAGCAGCAGCAGAGUCAAAGAAAAUUGAGUUAACAUGGGUGCAGUAUUUCAUGAGUACGCAUUUCUGGGGUCCUGUUGCCAACUGGGGUAUACCUCUCGCCGCCUUAGCUGAUAUGAAAAGAGAUCCUGAGAUUAUCAGUCCGAGGAUGACAGCAGCUCUAUGUGUGUAUUCUGCUCUCUUCAUGCGAUUUGCUUACAUGGUAAAUCCCCGUAACUGGCUCCUCUUUGCCUGCCAUUUCACCAAUGAGGGCGCUCAAUUAGUACAACUCGGUAGAUAUGUCAACUAUGCAAGGAGUAAAAAGCCAUCAAAGUGACAGACACGUCUUCUCAAGUAGGCUAUAUUUUUAGAUAAAUGAUACCUUCUGAAAAUAUUUUAUAUAUUAUAAAUACAUGAAUUACACAGACUAAAUUUAUACUCCUUCACUACAUGUAUUUCAUUGUUAUUUGAGUCUGGUUGUCAGAUAAGAGGUGUUGUGUUUAAAUGCAAUAACAAUGAUAUUUUAUCUUGUAUUUAUCCACUAUUUAUCAACUAUUUUGAUGUGCCAUCUCGUGAGAAAACUAUUUUUGUAGGGUAGCUCUAUAGUGGUAGUUUAGAGUGGCAUAAUGUCCCUUCUGAAAUGCAAACUUGAAAUGUAAUAAUUUACAAACUUUGUAUAGCUGUAAAGGUCUAUUUUUUCAUUGAAAGUGAGAUUACCAAUGAUUUUCCCCAUUAGUGUUGUAAAUUAAUCUGUGGGAUCUUCACAGGGUAUGUAUUUCUAGAUAUCAUUCCACUAGAUGCCUAAAUAAACACUCACUGAGUUUUCACUAUUGGUACCAGUUGCAAGAAAACAGAAAAGCAUAGUUGCAGUUAAAUAAUUCUUUAUGAAAGACACCUUUGAUGAUUUUACCACUCUCAUUGUAAACUUUGCAUCCAAACUCUGGAGUU